ACUUUGAUUGCUGGACAUUUGCCGCUGCCCCGGCACCGCAGGGAGCCAGCAGCGCGCCGAACAUGCGACGCUGACUCCGAUCCGACGCCGACCCCGAUCGCAGCGGCAGGCUGGUCGUCGAGGCUGCCUAGACAGAUGGUCUGGCAGCUGGACCCGGCGGCGGCGGCGCCGCGCGAGCGCGGCCGCUAUGCGGCGCCGGAGCCGCCGCUCCAGCAGUACGAGCUCCGCCGGAGCACGCCGCAGGAGCUCGUCGCGCGCGAGCGCGCGCGGAGCGAGCUCGCCGCGCGCGAGCGCGCGCGGUCCCUCUCGGACUCUGCGCGGGGCGAGCUCGUCACGCGCACCGAGGAGACGCGCGGCCCUGGACGGGGCCACUGGACGGAUUUCACGCCGCCGCAGACGCAGCGGGGCGGCGCCGCGGCGGCGCCGCGCGACGAAGUCCCACAACGAAGCCCACCCGCGCCGUCGCCCAAGGCGCCGCCGCGGCCGCACAACCCUGAUUUGAUCGUGAUCCACGUCUGCGACGAGGCGCGAAAGGUGUCGCGGGACUUCGCGUGCGACCGCGUGGUUUUGCUAAGGGAGAUGCGCUACUUCCGGAGUUAUCUGGGAGGCGGCGACGCGUGCGAGGACAUCGACAUAUCCGUGCACUGCGACGUGCACAUCUUCGAGUGGCUCGUGCAGUGGAUCCACUCGCCGAACAAGCCGCCGCCGCUCGACGCGUCGAGCGUCGUCUCGAUUCUUAUUAGCUCCGAGUUCCUCGAGAUGGCGAACUUGGUGGAGCACUGCCUGAAGUUCAUGGCGGCGCACGUCGGCGAAAUCUUGGAGAUGCCCAUCGACCUGGCCUGCGUCUCCGACGCGCUCGUCCAGCGCCUCGCGGCGCUGUGCCCCGCCGAGGUUUUGUGUGACUUGACGGACGCCAAGGAUAAGUUGCUGCCCAAGCUGUACAAGCGGCGCCUGGAGCUGGACUUUCGGCACUCCUCGAAGGCGAACAAGCGCGACAUUUUGAAAUGUCGCCACUGCGACCGCCUCUACCCGGCCUGGGCCCAAACUAAAUUAUCCUGUGCGAAGGCGCCGCCGCGGAUUGAUAGGCGGGGGCACCUCUGCCUGCGCCACGAGCCUGUUGAAGAAAGGUGGUCCCUCACGGAGUACGUCGGCGAGCUCCACGCGGCGGGCAUGCCCUGGGAGGAGGUCUACUGGACCAUGUGGGCCGCGACGCACAUUUUCCGGUGCACGGCCUGCGACGAGUGGUUCGGCGCCGCGGAUAUGGAGAAUUGCCGCCACCACCCGGGGCCGCAGGAAUUUACAGAUGACCAUGCGCUCCGGGGAAAAUACGCGUGCUGCGGCGCGGAGUGCCUGCGCUUCGCGGCCGGCGCCGUCGCGAAGGGCUGCGCGGCGCGGCGGCACGCCGUCUCGUCCAUCGACGGCUCGGCUUCACCGCAAACGCUGGCGCUGCUCGAGAAGCGCGACUGGGCCCGCACCGUUGAGCAAGAGGAGCCUGCAGAAAGGGCGUCGUCGUCCGAGCGCAGCCGCGCGCCGACGCCGGUGCCCGAGCCGCCCGAGCCCGCGCCCGUGGUCGUGCGGCCCCCGGAGCCCGCCGCGGAGCCCGCCGAGGAGCGGCCGGAGUCCCAGGAGCGGCCGGCGUCCCAGGAGAGAGCCGAGAAGCCCGAGGAGCCCAGGCUCGCGGCGAAGGUCGAGAAGAAGAUCCGGAAGAAGGGCGCCGCCAAGAAGAAGCUCGCGAACGCCGUCAGGAAGGCUAACGGUGCGGUCAAGAAGAAGCUCGACCUCGCCGCGGCCGCCGCGAAGGCCCUCGAGGACGAGGCCGCGCGGAAGAAAGCGAUGGCGGCGAAGGCGAAGGCCGCGGCGGAGCGCGCGCGGCGCCUCUUCUCGGUCUUCGGCGCGGCGCCGGACGGUGUGCAUGCGCCGAUGGACCACGAGCACCCGCUCGCGCGCGGCAAGGCCGCGAAACGGAGCGACGACGCCGCGGCGCUGUCGCCGCGGCGGCGCCGCGCCUACGAGAUGGACUGCGGCUGGCGCCUCGAGGACCAGGAGCGCAUGGGCCAGCUGGCCCGGGCGUUGGUCGAGAGGCGGACGCCGCUCGCGGGCGCGCUCGCACGCGCGGAUCAGCAGGACGAGGAGGUCAAGGUCGAGAAGAAGGCCGAGGCGAAGCGGUGGCGGUAG